AUGGAAAUGCAUGGCAAAGAUGCUUUGUACCCAACACAGAAAAAUCCUACUACUAUUAUUAGGGGUGGAUCUAGUAAGGCGGGUGAGGAUGCCACGCCACCCGCACACCUCGAGCAAAACCUUUGUGGCACCCGGAAUCUCAAAUUCCUGGAUCCGCCUCUGACUAUUAUAUCACAUAAGAAGAAUCAGUUUUUAUCAAUAUUAAGUAGAUUUCAUGCAGGUUAUUUUAGAAUAAGCCUUUCUUUAUGUGGCCAAGCAUUAUUAUGGAAAACAUUAAGUGAGCCAUCGGAUGAUAUUCAUAAAUUUAGAAAUAUUUUUCGGUUGCUUCCCUCUACAGCCUUCAUUCUUCUAUGGUCUUUAGCUUUAUUCUCAUUAGUAUCACUCUCUUUACUAUAUCUACUUCGUCUCCACUUUCACUUUGACAUGGUUAAAAGUGAAUUCUUGCACCAUGUUGGAGUAAAUUACCUUUUCACCCCGUGGAUUUCGUGGCUUGUUUUGCUUCAAGCCACCCCAUUUUUCAAACCCAAAGAGGUUUAUUUUCUUCUACUUUGGUUGAUCUUUAUUAUACCUAUAGUGGCACUGGACAUCAAAUUAUAUGGACAAUGGAUCACAAAGGGGAAGCGCUUUUUAUCAGGAGUAGCGAAUCCUACGAGUCAAUUAUCGGUUAUUGGGAAUUUGGUAGGAGCAAGGGCAGCUGCUCAAAUGGGAUGGAAUGAGUGUGCACUUUUUUUGUUUGCAAUUGGAAUGUCACACUAUUUAGUGCUUUUUGUGACACUUUAUCAGAGGUUGCCAGGAAGUAGUUCAAUUCCGGCAAUGCUAAGGCCAGUAUUCUUCUUGUUCUUAGCUACUCCGAGCAUGGCAAGCUUGGCAUGGGAUUCUAUUUAUGGAAAGUUCGAUAUUUCAUCCAAG